AUGAGGAAGGUAAUAUAUUUAUACACAAAAUUAGCUCCUAAAAAGCACACCAUCAUUCUCUGCACAGGAAACAAAAAUAAACUUAAGGAAUUUAUUCAAAUUAUGGGAGAUCAAUUUCACAUUGAUUCCGAACCUGUGGAUUUGCCUGAGUUAUAGGGACCACCUCUUUAAAUAGCAAAAGAGAAAGCCCUACUUGCUUAUGAGAAAAUGGGAAAGGCCUGUGUUACAGAGGAUACUUCAUUAUGCUUCAAUGCUCUUAAUGGAAUGCCUGGUCCUUAUGUGAAGUGGUUUUUGGAUGCAGCAGGACCUGAGGGAUUAAGCAAAAUGUUAGAUGGAUUUGAGGAUAAGACAGGUUAUGCUCAAUGCAUUUUGUCUUAUAUGGGACCCGAAUUGAAGGAACCCUUACAAUUUGUUGGAUAAACCCAGGGAGUAAUUGUACGACCAAGAGGACCAAGAAAUUUUGGCUGGGAUCCAAUAUUUUAACCUGAUGGAUAUACAGAUACAUAUGCCGAAAUGGAUAAGGAUGUGAAGAAUAAAAUAUCUCAUAGGCUUAAGGCAAUCCAAAAAUUCAUUGAUCAUUUUCUAGUAAAUUGA